AUGGCCAAAGACAGCGCAACCAAUGAGCCAAGACUGGUUGAGUAUCAAGGUUCUGUGCUGCACCGGUGUCGGGGGAAGCAAGCCUGGUUGCGCAAGGUGCGCAAAGAGCUGGUUCAGAAGAGAAGAGGAAGAGGCAACCACAAAGCAAAAGGAAAGAAAACAAUGACCAGCAUUUAUCAGAAGGAGCAAAUCUUCCAGGCCUAUGAGAAGGCCAAGGGUGCUGGUGAUGAGCAAGCCUUGAAACAGGUGAAAUCAAUGCACGGCUACUUCAAGGGCUGCAUGUGCAAGACCAAGUGGGGUUCAAUCAGGGUAGCGCAAUCAUGGACAUUGCUGUGCAAAACAGCUCCGGCACUGUGCAAGCGUCACAAAGAACUGCCCAAUGCAUUGCGGAAGAUUUUGCAAUUGGGCAGUCUGAAGCACAAUCAUGUCGCAAGUGGGAACGGGGAGCAGGUCCAUUUGCCACCACCGCUUGAGAUAUGCAUCGAGGACAUGCUCAUGGAUCGAAUCGUGAGAGGUGAAGAAAUGACUAUGACAUUUGCCUCCCAAACCAUUUGCUUUGCAGUAGAGCUGUGGAAUGAAUGCAUCAGCACCAUGGAGCAGUUGCUCCGGGACAAUGUUUGGAACAUGCUGAAGCAACAGGACUCGCACUUGGCUGACCUUUCUGAAACGGAGCUCAAUGGGAGGUUUGCUACUGUUCUCAAGGCAGCUCAGCAAAUGAUGAGACCGGUCCACCUGAAAGACACAGAUGCUGCAUUGCUGUGGCUCGGAGGUAUCUCAGAUGCAGCGCGCAACCAGGCCAACGUUGAACUCGAGAAAUACCUCUUUAUUGAGGAGCCGCAAUCAAAAAGCCACGUCUGGAAUGAAGCCACUAUGAUUCGGUACCUGGACUUUUUAGCCGGGGAACUGCGAGUUCGACGUGUACAACUUGGCCUCAAGCAUUGCCAUCGAGCACUCAUUAUGUGCGACCAGGCUGGUGCCCACAUGUCCACCACUUUUCAGAAGCUGCAGAUGCAAUGGUACAACAAACUCAUUUGGCUGGCAUGGUACCAGCGUGGUUACAGCACUGAUGUUGACAUAGCCGAGUGGCUCUUUGAGGGAAACUUGAAAGAAAUGAAGAACAUGCUUCAACGCUGCCGCUCAUCAAUGCAAGCAGUUUGCCAUUUGACAGAACUGCCCGAGUUCGAUGGUGCGGAGGAUGGCACAGUCCGGCACAUGCGGUUGAAGCAGCUGGAAGGUGAAAAAAGCUUCCAUUGGGCAAUUCAGACUGGAGACAAUGUAUCCACACACAUUGGAUUACCAGAAUGGAUAGGCCGUGAGAUUGGAAUGCGAGUUUGCCGGUUUGUCAACGAGCAUGACCGAUGGCAAAAGGCGAUUGAGGCCCGUGCAAUCUUGGGUCGGGAGCUGACAGCAUCCCAGCAGCAAUCGUACAAUGUCUGGGCAGCAUCUUGCACCCAGCGGCUCAUCUUCUGCAAAAAGCGACAAGUGCAGAUUCAUGAUGCAGGCCAGGUCAAUCGCAAUUGCGUGUCCUUUGAGUUGAAGUUGAGUGAUGAGCCAUCACAGCUGACAUUGUCAACAGCGGAAGCUGGUGCAACUCCAUAUCGGCUGCUUCUGCUUUGCUCUCAGGAGGCAGCUGCCACAGAGGUUCCUUCAGUUCUGUAUCACCCAGUCACCCAGGGGGAGGUGGCAACACAUCCAAACAAUGAGCCGGAAGAGCAGCAGGAUGAGGGCAGCGUUGAUAUGGAAGAGGGAGGUCGAGAAGAGGACGCCUACGCCCUGGAAGAUGAAAGGCUGAAGGUGAACAUGGAGUGUGAGAGGGAUGAGGAAGAAGCGCUCUUCAUCCUUGCAGAUUCCGACGAUGAAGUUCCCAUUCCUGCUGGUUGCAGUGUGCCGGUGCACAAAGUGAAGACUUUUCACCUGCGACCUGAAUGGUUGGCCUUGGAACGCAAAGGGCUCACGGACCUUCCCAGGCACAUUAAGAAUUGCUUCAUCUCCUACCACAGCUCCACCCAAGUUUGGGAGGGGCACUACCCUUGCUGUCGUGGUGGCAUGUCCGCCAAAUGGGGUUCAUCUACAAAGCGAACAGAGGCAGAAGCCAUCAUCCUUGCAAUCAAAGCAGUCCUGCGCGCACACGUGACUGCACAUCCCAAGGAUGUGGUGUGGAGGCGGCAGUUGGACCGCCUGGAAGCAGAGCUAGCAACUGGACAGUUGUGA